AUGCAUGAUCGUGGAGACCUGUAUGAUCGUGGAGACCUGUAUGAUCGUGGAGACCUGUAUGAUCGUGGAGACCUGCAUGAUCGUGGAGACCUGUAUGAUCAUGGAGUUGUGGGGGCACACGUAGUUGAAAAGCCGAAUUCAUAUGUACGGGUAGUAGUUAGUUGUUUAGACCACGUUUGCUGGCAGAUAGUUCUACCUUCUCAUGGGCUUAUGCAUGUUCCGGAGGUGAUCAUAAGACCAAGAGAAGAAUCGGACUCGUUUUGUUACCUUUACAACUUUAUGUUGGAUGCCGAUAGGAAUUACAAAGUUGGCAACCCCAAGUCGUUCUGCUUGGGUGGCCUAACCGUGAAGGAAGAUUCGUUGAUUUACCCGCUAGCCAUCGAAAGAUUGCACAGAUUAAACCACCGCAGAAUAUCUGCAGUUAUUGCACUGGAAAUGAUUUCGUGUUAUGGACAAGGCAAAUGUGAUACUACUGCUUCCAUGACUGCUGCUUCCACGACGGCUGGUGAGAAAUUUACUAGUAAUCGCAAUGGUCAGCAGUUUAAUAGUUUCGAACAAUUCAUGGAGUGCUGGAGUCUUUAUAUGUCCCUAGAUCCUGAAGAAGUGCUGGCAAUGUGUAGAUCGCAUACUUUAUAUGGUGUUAGUAAUCUGAACGCUAUCAGUUUGAAUUAUAUCAGGCACAUAAGUCAUCAGGGGGAUUAUUAUGAUGAGUUGAAUACGAUAAAAGGGAAGCCGAUGGUAAUAUCCAGCGGUGAACACAUGACUAAAAAGACUGAACGUAUAUUGUAUGCUGGUGAACGACUGGAGACAAUUGAUGAAGAAAUAAUAAAUUACGGCCUGAAUGGGAUGAAUUCAGCUGACUGUUAUUUGCGCAAAUUAUGCAAACUCACGUGUGCUAUAAUAUACAAAUGUUUAUUAUGCGCUAAAUGUAUCAGCAUUCACACCGGACAGUAUCAAACGUUUGUUUCCAAGUUUACGAAAGCGCCCGAUGCAGUUUACAACUUUAUUAGAAACAAAGUUAACAUAAAAACAAGCUCGCAGUUAUUUGUCAUCACUAACAAUCCGGCUAGUUAUCAUGACCUAUUUGGAUUAAUAAUUACGCUAUUCUGUAAGCCGCCAUCUAUUACACUGCAUCAUUGGCUUUUAAGCAAUUGUCAUGACGUGAUUGUUAAGAAUGAUUCGUUGGAAAUGACCGGUACAAUACGGUUUUAUAUAUCGUUAUUUCUGAACUAUUUAUUGGACCAUUAUGACUAUGAAUGCUUGGUUCUAAUUUUCUGUAAACAAGAAAUCACAUGGGGAUAA